AUGAAUUCAUUCAUUGUUACUUUAGCCGGUCUCUUUCUAAUCUAUGCAACGGUCAUAACAACUGUUUAUUGCGUUAAUGACAGAGAUCUUACAUUAACAAAAGAUGAAAUAAUUGCAUUAACACGUGAUCAUAAUGGUCGUAUUGAUCCGGAUGCAUUCCUCAAUGGUUUCUUUCCUGUUUGGGCAGCAAUUCAAUUUUUAAUUGCUUGCUUCUUUUUCAUUGUUGCUGUACUCAGUUUUGUAUGCUACAUACUCGGUUGCAGAACACCACCGGAAGAACGAAACAAACGAGCCAAAUAG